UCUGUUUCCCCACCGAUCCCUUGAAGGAAGGAAGCGGAACGAAUCCACCACACGGAGGCUUGGGGAGAGACCGGCUCGCCAGGAUGGCUGACCAAUCACAUCGCUGUCCCAAGUCAUGUGACACGUUCAUCGCCUUACCCCCAGCCACCGCGGAUGGGCACAUCAUCUUCGCCAAGAAUUCCGACCGUCCGGCUAACGAGGUCCAAGAAGUGGUCUACUUCCCGGAGGCCUCGUACGCGUCCGGAACCCAACUGGAGUGUACGUACAUCACAAUACCACAAGUGGAACACACGCACGCCGUUAUCCUGAGCAAGCCGGCAUGGAUGUGGGGCGCGGAGAUGGGAGCCAAUCAGCACGGAGUCUGCAUCGGGAACGAGGCCGUAUGGUCAAAGCUGUGCGGACCUGACACAGAGGAAGAGAGGCUGCUGGGAAUGGAUUUGCUCAGACUUGGACUUGAACGAGGUUCCACGGCCAAAGAAGCCCUGGACGUGAUGACCACACUACUGGAGCAGCAUGGGCAGGGCGGACCAUGUAUGGAGGAGGGGGGGACACCUUGGUGCUACGACAACAGCUUCAUCAUCGCUGACAGGAGAGAAGCCUGGGUGCUGGAGACAGCCUCCAGAUUGUGGGCUGCUGAGAGGAUCACCAGCGGGUGCCGUAAUAUCUCAAACGAACUCAGUAUCCGGACCAAACUCGAUGCCAUGUCUGAGGGCCUUAAGGAACACGCCCAGAAACACAACUACUGGUCGCCUGAUGAGGGGGACUUUGACUUCGCACGUGCCUACAGCCAAGACUUGCCUAACAACAUCGACGAGGACCCCACGGGAAGGGCCGGCGCUGGGAAGAGGUUGAUGGAGAAGUAUUCAGGAUCCAUCAAGGCUCAAACAAUGUUCACCAUCUUGAGAGACAAGAAGAGCGGAAUCAACAUGGACGGCUCUUUCCGAACAACGGCGUCUAUGGUGUCCAUCCUCCCCCCUCCCGACACGGGCACGCCCUGCUGCCAUUGGUUCACUGCGACCCCUGACCCCAGCAAAUCCGUCUUCAAACCCUUUAUUUUCUGUGACGGAGUGGAGAUCGCGAAGUACACGCAUUCGCCAGAGAGAGGGGCAGACGACCCAGCGAGGAUAAAGCCUCGGUUCAAGUCAACGGUGGACCGUAGGCACCCCCUGUACCGGGCACACGAGAAAGCCAUGAUGGCAGCAGAGGGCAACCAGGAUAAGCGGAAAGAGUUGCAGAAGACAAUGGGAGAGCUGGAGGAGCAGUGCAUCAUGGGAAUGGAAGCGUUCCUGAAGGAUGCGGCGCAAGAUAUGGCGGACGAGGACGAGAUUCGCGAAUUGUUCAUAGACUGUGUGGAGACUGAGAUGAAGUUCUACAAAUGAGGGCAGAGGGCAAGGGGCAAAGUUGAAAGGUUGUCUCUAUGGAAACUCCAAAUAAGGAAUAUGAAGGCAAAGGUACUUGAAAGGAUUAUUGACUACAGAAUUCUAUUGUACGUGUGGCUGGCUACUGUUAAAAAAAUAUUAGUUGUAGAAGAAAUUUGGGCAAAAAUGUGCUCAUUUUGUAACAAAAUUAAUUUUGAUGCAUUCAUUGUAAUCUUCCUGUUUUUUGAUGAGAAAUAAUUCCCACCCCAAUUCCCUAAUUGAAUACAGCAGAAUCAAUGAGUGAUUUUAAUAUUAAUAUAAAGUACAAAUUGAAUGUAGUAAUGAGUGGUACUCAAGAUCCAUAUCACACAAUACUCCAGAUCCGUGCUGGGAUGUAUCUGUGUCCUUGGCAGAGUUAGCUGAUCAGAACUAUUGUAUAAUUCCAGACUAGGACAUGGUGUUUUACACCUCAGAACACUUACCAUAGUGACCCUAACAUGAAAAGCAGAAGACUUGCAAAGACAGGUACAAUGCAGUUCUCCUUGCUCAAGGUAUCAAUAUACUGCUAGGACCAAGUGUACAAAUGUGGCUAUAGCUGAAGGAAUGUGGUAUAAAGCUAAGCUUUAGCUGAGAAAACCAGACAUGAGUUGACCGAUUGACAAAAGAUGGUGCUCUGCUUGUGCUUUUCAAAAGCAGAAUAUACUUCUUAGAGGUACUGUAUACAUGUGCAUCUGAGGAUAUUCCAGAGUGGUUUGAGUUCUGACAUGGUGUAAGACUGAGGGCUCAUUCAAUUCCAUUCUGGUAGACUGCAUCAAAUUGUGCAUCACUUUUAGAUCCAAAAUGCUUUGCUUAACCACAAUCAGCAAUCAGCUUUGCAAUCAGCACUAGAAGGUUUGACUGGGAGAUGUCAAAAAAAUAGGUUGUGAAUGUGCAAAAAUGUAACAAUAGGUGUUUGGCAAAGCCAAAAGGCAGAGAUCUAGAAGCUGUGAUGAAAACUAGUAAUGGAUGAAAUGAGCCCUCCAUGUCCUGGUCUGAUGUCCACUACAUACUGCACAAUGUGUACCUGUGCCAUUUACAAAGCUGCUGAGAAAAAAUGUACUUCUGUAGUAUAUAGCAUGAGUCCAACUUGUUGUAAAUCUAGCAAACAGAGAACAAAAAUAAAC